AUGUGUUUCAUGCAGUGUUUAACGAGAGCACUUAGGAAUGAGGACCCGGGAUUACUAAUGGCAGCAUCGACAUUGCUCCUACCAUUUCAGCCUUUGAUGGUUUCAGCUAUCCGCACAGGAUUGAUGGAGGUUUCCUUUGCAAGAAGGGCAUCAAUUAAACCAGAGCUCAGGAUGGCACAUAACCUGCAUAAGAUGUCAUCUCUGUUGGAAGGCGUGCUGUUUAUUGCCGACAAUUGCUUACCAGAGACUCCCUAUAUCCACGCUGCGUGGCAUCUUGCCGCCGCGAUUGGCAUUGGGACAUGCAAUAAGCUUCUUGAAUGACAGUGGAAACU